AGUCGAGGGGGCGGGGCAGCACCUGCUCCAAUGGCGCGGAGGGGGCGGUGCGGCCGUGGUUUGCCGCCAAACUCUGGGAGCCCGGAGUCCUGAACCAGCUCGGAGCGAUCCGCCGCCAUGGUCCGCCCUCUGAACUGCAUCGUCGCCGUGUCCCAGAACAUGGGCAUCGGCAAGAACGGGGACUUGCCCUGGCCCCCGCUCAGGAAUGAGUUCAAGUAUUUCCAGAGGAUGACCACAACCACCUCCGUGGAAGGUAAACAGAAUCUGGUGAUCAUGGGUAGGAAGACCUGGUUCUCCCUUCCUGAGAAGAAUCGACCUUUGAAAGACAGAAUUAAUAUAGUACUAAGUAGAGAACUCAAGGAACCUCCCCAAGGAGCUCAUUUUCUUGCCCAAAGUCUGGAUGAUGCCUUGAGGCUAGUUGAGCAGCCAGAAUUAGCAAGCAGAGUGGACACGGUGUGGGUCGUGGGCGGCAGCUCUGUUUAUAAGGAAGCCAUGGAUCGGCCAGGCCAUGUCAAACUGUUCGUGACAAGGAUCAUGCAGGAAUUUGAAAGUGACACAUUUUUUCCAGAAAUUGAUUUGAAGAAAUACAGGCUCCUCCCAGAAUACCCUGGCGUGCUUUCUGAGGUCCAGGAGGAGAAAGGCAUUAAGUACAAAUUUGAAGUAUAUGAAAAGAACGAUUGAUAUGAAGGUGUGUUCUGAUCCAUUUCAAGUUGUUUCCCUUCCUCCUAAAAACAAUUAUGUAUAUAUUAGGAAAAAAGACUUGUUCUGGUUUUUCA